AUGACUAGACAAUUUAGCACUAACAACCAAAAGACACUCGGUCCAAAGCUUGAAGGAGUGAAAGAUGUUAUUGUUGUAUCGAGUGGUAAAGGAGGUGUUGGAAAGAGUACAGUAGCAACUAAUUUGGCUCUUGCUCUCUCCUCCUUUUGCCAAAAGUCUGUCGGUCUCAUGGAUGCUGAUAUCUAUGGACCAAGUAUUCAUCGUAUGAUGAAUCUAUCUGGUAAGCCACAAGUGAAUGAAGCCACCAGAAAACUCAUACCAAAAUCAAAUUAUGGUGUCAAGACAAUGAGUAUGGGAUUUCUCGUACAGGAAGAUGCUCCAACAAUUUGGAGAGGACCAAUGGUAAUGACUGCUGUUGAUCAAUUAUUACAUCAAGUGGAUUGGGGAGAAUUGGAUAUUCUUGUUGUAGAUUUACCACCAGGAACAGGUGAUGCUCAAUUAUCAAUUUGUCAGAGAGUACAUUUAUCGGGUGCUGUUAUUGUGAGUACUCCACAAGAUAUUGCUCUCAUUGAUGUUAAGAGAGGUGUGAAUAUGUUCCGUAAAUUGAAUGUACCAAUAUUGGGAGUUGUGGAGAAUAUGAGUUAUUUCAAAUGUUCAAAUUGUGGUCAUAAGGACCACAUCUUUGGUCACGAUGGUGCCAAGCUAACAGCAGAAAAUAUGGGAUUGAAUUUCAUUGGUGAAAUUCCAUUACAUACACAAAUUAGAGAGACUAGCGAUUCAGGUAGACCUGUUGUCAUUUCAGAUCCAAAAUCUGACAGAGCUGCUUCCUUCUUACAAAUUGCUAGAAAUGUAGUUGCAGAAUUAGAGAAACUGGAUAAUCAAUCAACAACUCCUAAAAUUACUAUUGAAGAGGAUUAG